CUAAAGAGGAAGAGACUCCUAAACGAAUCAAGGAAGAGAAGGCACCCUCUCCAAUAGAGGAGAAAGCACCCUCGCCAGUGGAGGAGCAAAAGAUGCCAUCACCAGUUAAAGAAGAAAAGGCCCCAUCACCAGUUGUAGAAACAAAGGCUCCGUCAACACUUAAAGAGGAAAAGAUUCCAACACCAAUCAAGGAAGAGAAGGCACCCUCCCCAAUAGAGGAGAAAGAACGCUCGCCAGUGGAGGAGAAAAAGAUGCCAUCACCAGUUAAAGAAGAAAAGGCCCCAUCACCAGAUAUAGAAACAAAGGCUCCGUUCACACCUGAAGAGGAAAAGAUUCCUACACCAAUCAAGGAAGAGAAGGCACCCUCCCCAAUAGAGGAGAAAGCAGCCUCGCCAGUGGAGGAGCAAAAGAUUCCAUCACCAGUUCAAGAAGAAAAGGCCCCAUCACCAAUUAUAGAAACAAAGGCUCCAUCAACACCUGGAGAGGAAAAGAUUCCUUCACCAAUCAAGGAAGAGAAGGCACCCUCCCCAAUAGAGGAGAAAGCACCCUCGCCAGUGGAGGAGCAAAAGUUGCCAUCACCAGUUAAAGAAGAAAAAGCCCCAUCACCAGUUGUAGAAACCAAGGCUCCGCCAACACCUAAAGAGGAAAAGAUUUCUAUACCAAUCAAGGAAGAGAAGGCACCCUCCCCAAUAGAGGAGAAAGCACCUUCGCCAGUGGAAGAGCAAAAGAUUCCAUCUCCAGUUAAAGAAGAAAAGGCCCCAUCACCAGUUGUAGAAACAAAGGCUCCGUCAACACCUGAAGAGGAAAAGAUUCCUACACCAAUCAAGGAAGAGAAAGCACCCUCCUUAAUAGAGGAGAAAGCAGCCUCGCCAGUGGAGGAGCAAAAGAUGCCAUCACCAGUUAAAGAAGAAAAGGCCACAUCACCAGUUGUAGAAACCAAGGCUCCGUCAACACCUAAAGAGGAAGAGACUCCUAAACGAAUCAAGGAAGAGAAGGCACCCUCUCCAAUAGAGGAGAAAGCACCCUCGCCAGUGGAGGAGCAAAAGAUGCCAUCACCAGUUAAAGAAGAAAAGGCCCCAUCACCAGUUGUAGAAACAAAGGCUCCGUCAACACUUAAAGAGGAAAAGAUUCCAACACCAAUCAAGGAAGAGAAGGCACCCUCCCCAAUAGAGGAGAAAGAACGCUCGCCAGUGGAGGAGAAAAAGAUGCCAUCACCAGUUAAAGAAGAAAAGGCCCCAUCACCAGAUAUAGAAACAAAGGCUCCGUCAACACCUGAAGAGGAAAAGAUUCCUACACCUAUCAAGGAACAGAAGGCAGCCUCCCCAAUAGAGGAGAAAGAACCCUCGCCAGUGGAGGAACAAAAGAUUCCAUCACCAGUUCAAGAAGAAAAGGCCCCAUCACCAGUUGUAGAAACAAAGGCUCCGUCAACACCUAAAGAGGGAAAGAUUUCUACACCAAUCAUGGAAGAGAAGGCACCCUCAACAAUACAGGAGAAAGCACCCUCGCCAGUGGAGGAGCAAAAGAUGCCAUCACCAGUUAAAGAAGAAAAGGCCCCAUCACCAGUUGUAGAAACAAAGGCUCCGUCAACACCUGGAGAAGAAAGGAUUCCUACACCAAUCAAGGAGGAGAAGUCACCCUCCCCAAUAGACGAGAAAGCACCCUCGCCAGUGGAGGAGCAAAAGAUGCCAUCACCAGUUGUAGAAACAAUGGCUCCAUCAACACCUGGAGAGGAAAAGAUUCCUACACCAAUCAAGGAAGAGAAGGCACCCGCCCCAAUAGAGGAGAAAGCACCCUCGCCAGUGGAAGAGCAAAAGAUUCCAUCUCCAGUUAAAGAAGAAAAGGUCCCAUCACCAGUUGUAGAAACAAAGAUUCCGUCAACACCUGAAGAGAAAAAGAUUCCUACACCAAUCAAGGAAGAGAAGGCAGCCUCCUUAAUAGAGGAGAAAGCACCCUCGCCAGUGGGGGAGCAAAAGAUUCGAUCACCAGUUCAAGAAGAAAAGGCCCCAUCACCAGUUGUAGAAACCAAGGCUCCGUCAACACCUAAACAGGAAGAGACUCCUACACGAAUCAAGGAGGAGAAGGCACCCUCCCCAAUAGAGGAGAAAGCACCCUCGCCAGUGGAAGAGCAAAAGAUUCCAUCUCCAGUUAAAGAAGAAAAGGCCCCAUCACCAGUUGUAGAAACAAAGGCUCCGUCAACACCUGAAGAGAAAAGGAUUCCUGCACCAAUCAAGGAAGAGAAGGCACCCUCCCCAAUAGAGGAGAAAGCACGCUCGCCAGUGGAGGAGAAAAAGAUGCCAUCACCAGUUAAAGAAGAAAAGGCCCCAUCACCAGUUGUAGAAACAAAGGCUCCGUCAACACCUGGAGAGGAAAAGAUUCCUACACCAAUCAAGGAAGAGAAGGCACCCUCCCCAAUAGAGGAGAAAGCAACCUCGCCAGUGGAGGAGCAAAAGACGCCAUCACCAGUUAAAGAAGAAAAAGCUCCAUUACCAGUUGUAGAAACCAAGACUCCAUCAACACCUGAAGAGGAAAAGAUUCCUACACCAAUCAAGGAACAGAAGGCAGCCUCCUCAAUAGAGGAGAAAGCACCCUCGCCAGUGGAGGAGCAAAAGAUUCCAUCACCAGUUCAAGAAGAAAAGGCCCCAUCACCAGUUGUAGAAACCAAGGCUCCGUCAACACCUAAAGAGGAAGAGAUUCCUACACCAAUCAAGGAGGAGAAGGCACCCUCCCCAAUAGAGGAGAAAGCACCCUCGCCAGUGGAGGAGCAAAAGAUGCCAUCACCAGUUAAAGAAGAAAAGGCCCCAUCACCAGUUGUAGAAACAAAGGCUUCGUCAACACUUAAAGAGGAAAAGAUUCCAACACCAAUCAAGGAAGAGAAGGCACCCUCCCCAAUAGAGGAGAAAGCACGCUCGCCAGUGGAGGAGAAAAAGAUUCCAUCACCAGUUCAAGAAGAAAAGGCCCCAUCACCAGUUGUAGAAACAAAGGCUCCGUCAACACCUAAAGAGGAAAAGAUUCCUACACCAAUCAAGGAGGAGAAGGCACCCUCCCCAAUAGAGGAGAAAGCACCCUCGCCAGUGGAGGAGCAAAAGAUGCCAUCACCAGUUGUAGAAACAAUGGCUCCAUCAACACCUGGAGAGGGAAAGAUUCCUACACCAAUCAAGGAAGAGAAGGCACCCACCCCAAUAGAGGAGAAAGCACCCUCGCCAGUGGAAGAGCAAAAGAUUCCAUCUCCAGUUAAAGAAGAAAAGGCCCCAUCACCAGUUGUAGAAACAAAGGUUCCGUCAACACCUGAAGAGGAAAAGAUUCCUACACCAAUCAAGGAAGAGAAGGCAGCCUCCUUAAUAGAGGAGAAAGCACCCUCGCCAGUGGAGGAGCAAAAGAUGCCAUCACCAGUUGAAGAAGAAGAGGCCCCAUCACCAGUUGUAGAAACCAAGGCUCCUAAAGAGGAAGAGACUCCUACACCAAUCAAGGAAGAGAAGGCACCCUCCCCAAUACAGGAGAAAGCCCCCUUGCCAGUGGAGGAGCAAAAGAUGCCAUCACCAGUUAAGGAAGAAAAGGCCCCAUCACCAGUUGUAGAAACAAAGGCUCCGUCAACACCUGAAGAGCAAAAGAUUCCAACACCUAUCAAGGAAGAGAAGGUACCCUCCCCAAUAGAGGAGAAAGCCCCCUCGCCAGUGGAAGAGCAAAAGACGCCAUCACCAGUUAAUGAAGAAAAGGCCCCAUCACCAGUUGUAGAAACAAAGGCUCCGUCAACACUUCAAGAAGAAAAGAUUCCUACACCAAUCAAGGAAGAGAAGGCGCCCUCCCCAAUAGAGGAGAAAGCACCCUCGCCAGUGGAGGAGAAAAAGAUGCCAUCACCAGUUAAAGAACAAAAGGCCCCAUCACCAGUUGUAGAAACAAAGGCUCCGUCAACACUUCAAGAGGAAAAGAUUCCUACACCAAUCAAGGAAGAGAAGGCGCCCUCCCCAAUAGAGGAGAAAGCACCCUCGCCAGUGGAGGAGAAAAAGAUGCAAUCACCAGUUAAAGAACAAAAGGCCCCAUCACCAGUUAAAGAACAAAAGGCCCAAUCACCAGUUGUAGAAACAAUAGCUCCGUCAACACUUGAAGAGGAAAAGAUUCCUACACCAAUCAAGGAAGAGAAGGCGCCCUCCCCAAUAGAGGAGAAAGCACACUUGCCAGUGGAGGAGCAAAAGAUGCCAUCACCAGUUAAAGAAGAAAAAGCCCAAUUACCAGUUGAAGAAACAAAGGCUCCAUCAACACCUGGAGAGGAAAAGAUUCCUAAACCAAUCAAGGAAGAGAAAUCGCCCUCCCCAAUAGAGGAGAAAGCACCCUCGCCAGUGGAGGAGCAAAAGACGCCAUCACCAGUUAAAGAAGAAAAGGCCCCAUCACCAGUUGUAGAAACCAAGGCUCCGUCAACACCUAAAGAGGAAGAGACUCCUACACCAAUCAAGGAAGAGAAGGCACCCUCCCCAAUAGAGGAGAAAGCACACUCCCCAAUAGUGGAGAAAGCACCCUCGCCAGUGGAGGAGAAAAAGAUGCCAUCACCAGUUAAAGAACAAAAGGCCCCAUCACCAGUUGUAGAAACAAAGGGUCCGUCAACAACUGAAGAGGAAAAGAUUCCUACACCAAUCAAGGAAGAGAAGGCGCCCUCCCCAAUAGAGGAGAAAGCACCCUUGCCAGUGGAGGAGCAAAAGAUGCCAUCACCAGUUAAAGAAGAAAAAGCCCAAUUACCAGUUGAAGAAACAAAGGCUCCAUCAACAACUGGAGAGGAAAAGAUUCCUACACCAAUCAAGGAAGGGAAGGCACCCUCCGCAAUAGAGGAGAAAGCACCCUCGCCAGUGGAGAAGCAAAAGAUACCAUCACCAGUUAAAGAAGAAAAGGCCCCAUCCCCAGUUGUAGAAACAAUGGCUCCGUCAACACCUAAAGAGCAAAAGAUUCCAACACCAAUCAAGGAAAAAAAGGCACCCUCCCCAUUAGAGGAGAAAGCACCCUCGCCAGUGGAGGAGAAAAAGAUACCAUCACCAGUUAAAGAAGAAAAGGCCCCAUCACCAGUUAUAGAAAGAAAGGCUCCGUCAACACCUGAAGAGAAAAAGAUUCCUACACCAAUCAAGGACGAGAAGGCAGCCUUCCCAAUAGAGGAGAAAGCCCCCUCCCCAGUGGAGGAGCAAAAGAUUCGAUCACCAGUUCAAGAAGAAAAGGCCCCAUCACCAGUUGUAGAAACAAAGGCUCCGUCAACACCUGGAGAGGAAAAGAUUCCUACACCAAUCAAGGAAGAGAAGGCACCCUCCCCAAUAGAGGAGAAAGCACCCUCGCCAGUGGAGGAGCAAAAGACGCCAUCACCAGUUAAAGAAGAAAAGGCCCCAUUACCAGUUGUAGAAACCAAGGCUCCGUCAACACCUGAAGAGGAAGAGACUCCUACACCAAUCAAGGAAGAGAAGGCACCCUCCCCAAUAGAGGAGAAAGCAGCCUCCCCAAUAGAGGAGAAAGCACCCUCGCCAGUGGAGGAAAAAAAGAUGCCGUCACCAGUUAAAGAACAAAAGGCCCCAUCACCAGUUGUAGAAACAAAGGCUGAGUCAACACUUGAAGAGGAAAAGAUUCCUACACCAAUCAAGGAAGAGAAGGCGCCCUCCCCAAUAGUGGAGAAAGCACCCUCGCCAGUGGAGGAGCAAAAGAUGCCAUCACCAGUUAAAGAAGAAAAGGCCCCAUCACCAGAUGUAGAAACAAAGGCUCCAUCAACACCUGAAGAGGAAACGUUUCCUACACAAAUCAGGGAAGAGAAGACACCCUCCCCAAUAGAGGAGAAAGAACCUUUAGCAGUGGAGGAGGAAAAGAUACCAUCACCAGUUAAAGAAGAAAAGGCCCCAUCAUUAGUUGUAGAAACAAAGGCUCCGUCAACACCUAAAGAGGAAAAGAUUCCUACACCAAUCAAGGAAGAGAAGGCACCCUCCACAAAAGAGGAGAAAGCACCAUCGCCAGUGAAGGAUCAAAAGAUUCCAUCACCAGUUAAAGAAGAAAAGGCCCCAUCACCAGUUAAAGAAGAAAAGGCCCCAUCAUCAGUUAAAGAAGAAAAGGCCCCAUCACCAGUCAUAGAAACAAAGGCUCCGUCAACACCUCAAGAGAAAAGGAUUCCUGCACCAAUCAAGGAAGAGAAAGCACCCUCCCCAAUAGAGGAGAAAGCACCCUCUCAAGUGGAGGAGGAAAAGAUGCCAUCACCAGUUAAAGAAGAAAAGGCCCCAUCACCAGAUGUAGAAACAAAGGCUCCAUCAACACCUGAAGAGGAAACGAUUCCUACACCAAUCAGGGAAGAGAAGACACCCUCCCCAAUAGAGGAGAAAGAACCUUUAGCAGUGGAGGAGGAAAAAAUGCCGUCACCAGUUAAAGAAGAAAAGGUCCCAUCACCAGUUGUAGAAACAAAGGCUCCGUCAACACCUAAAGAGGAAAAUAUUCCUACACCAAUCAAGGAAGAGAAGGCACCCUCCCCAAUAGAGGCGAAAGCACCCUCGCCAGUGGAGGAUCAAAAAAUUCCAUCACCAGUUAAAGAAGAAAAGGCCCCAUCACCAGUUAAAGAAGAAAAGGCCCCAUCACCAGUCAUAGAAACAAAGACUCCGUCAACACCUGAAGAGAAAAGGAUUCCUGCACCAAUCAAGGAAGAGAAGGCACCCUCCCCAAUAGAGGAGAAAGCACCCUCGCCAGUCGAAGAUCAAAAGAUACCAUCACCAGUUCAAGAAGAAAAGGCGCCAUCACCAGUUGUAGAAACAAAGGCUCCGUCAACAACUGAAGAGGAAAAGAUUCCUACACCAAUCAAGGAAGAAAAGGCACCCUCCCCAAUAGAGGAGAACGCUCCCUAUCAAAUGGAGGAGGAAAAGAUGCCAUCACUAGUUCAAGAAGAAAAGACCCCAUCACCAGUUAAGGAAACAAAGGCACCGUCAACACCUGAAGAGGAAAGAAUUCCUACACCAAUCAAGGAAGAGAAGGCAGCCUCAAUAAUAGAGGAGAAAGCAACCUCGCCAGUGGAGGAUCAAAAUAUUCCUACACCAAUCAAGGAAGAGAAGGCAGCCUCCCCAAUAGAGGAGAAAGCACCCUCGCCAGUGGAGGAUGAAAAGAUUCCAUCACCAGUUAAAGAAGAAAAGGCCCCAUCACCAGUUGUAGAAACAAAGGCUCUGUCAACAACUGAAGAGGAAAAGAUUCCUACACCAAUCAAGGAAGAGAAAGCACCCUCCCCAAUAGAAGAGAAAGCGCCCUCCUCAGUGAAGGAGCAAAAGAUGCCAUCGCCAGUUGAAGAAACAAAAGAUAAAUCAACACCUGUAGAGGAAAAGCUUCCAACACCAAUCAAAGAGAAAACACCGUCUCCUAUGGAGGAGAAAGCGCCAUCGCCAGUAGAGGAGCGAAAGAUUCCAUCCCCAGUUGAAGAUGAAAAAGCCCCAACACCAGUUGAAGAAACAAAGGUUCCGUUAAUAACUGAAGAGGAAAGGAUUCCUUCACCAAUUAAAGAAAAGACACCGUCCCCCACGGAGGAAAAAGGGCCAUCACCAAUAGAGGAGCGAAAGAUUCCAUCACCAAUUAAAGAGAAGACACCAUCCCCCAAGGAGGAAAAAGCGCCAUCGCCAAUAGAGGAGCAAAAGAUUUCAUCACCAAUUGAAGAAGAAAAACCUCCAUCACCAAUUAAAGAAGAAACAGUCCCAUCACCAGUUGAAGCAGAUAAAGCCCCAUUACCAGUUGUAAUAGAAAAAGCCCCAACACCAGUUGAAGAUAAAAAGGUUCCGUUAAAAACUGAAGAGGAAAGAAUUCCUAUACCAAUUAAAGAGAAAGUAUCCUCCCCCAUAGAGGAGAAAGCGCCAUUACCAGUAGAGGAGCAAAAGAUUCCAUCACAAGUUAAAGAAGAUAAAGCCCCAUCACCAGUUAAAGAAGAAAGACUCACAUCACCAGUUAAAGAAGAAAAAGCCCCGUCACCAGUUGAAGAAGAAAAAGCCCCAUCUCCAAUUGAAGAAGCAAUGACAACGUCAAAAACUGAAGGGGAAAAGAUUCCUACACCAAUCAAAGAGGAAAAGGCACCAUCCACCCUGAAGAAGAAAGCGCCCUCACCAUUGGAGGAGCAAACGAUUCCAACACCAGUUAAAGAAGAAAAGGCCCCAUCACCAGUUCAAGAAACAACGGUACCAUCAAUAAUUGAGGUCGAAAAGAUUCCUACACCAAUCGAAGAGAAGAAAGCACUCUCCCAAAUGGAGGAGAAGGCGUCAUCGCCACUAGAGGAGCAAAAGCUUCCGUCACCAGUUAAAGAAGAAAUAGCCCCAUUACCACUUAAAGAAGAAAAAGCCACAACACCAGAUAAAGAAAAAACUACAAAACCAGAUAAAGAAGAAAAAGUCACAACACCAGAUAAAGAAGAAAAAGUCUCAUCACCAAUUAAACAAGGAAAAGUCAAACCACCAGUUCAAGAAGAAAAAGCCACAUCACCAGUUAAAGAAGAAAAAGCCCCAUCACCAGUUAAAGAAGAAAAAGUCCCAUCACCAGCUCAAGAAGAAAAGGACUCAUCACCAGUUGAAGAAGCAAAGGCUCCGUCAAAAACUGAAGAGGAAAUUAUUACUACACCAAUUAAAGAGAAGGCUCCCUCCACCCUAGAGGAGAAAGCGCCCUCGCCAGUGGAGGAUCAAAAAAUUCCAUCACCAGUUAAAGUAGAAAAAGCCCCAUCAUCAGUUAAAGAAAAAGCUCCAUCACCAGUUAAAGAAGAAAAGGCCCCAUCACCCAUUGAAGAAACAAAGGUCACGACGACAAUUGAAGACGAAAAUAUUCCUACACCAAUCGAAGAGAAGAAGGCACCCUCCCCCAUUCAAGACAAAGCGCCAUCGCCAGUGAAGGAGCAAAAGAUUCCAUUACUUGUGAAAGAAGAAAAGGCCCCAUCACCAGUUGAAGAAUUAAAGCCUCCGUCAACAACUGAAGAGGAAAAGAUUCCAGCACCAACCAAGGAGGAGAAGACACCCUCUCCCAUGGUAGAGAAAGUGCCCUCGCCAGUAGAGGAGCAAAAGAUUCCAUCACUAGUUAAAGAAUAUAAGGCCGCAUCACCAAUCGAAGAAAUGAGGAUUUCCGCACCAACUGAAGAGGAAAAGAUUCCUACACCAGUCAAAGACGGAAAGACCCCAUCACCAGUUGUAGAAUCAAAGGCUCUGUUAACAACUGAAAAGGAAAAAAUACCUACACCGAUCAAGAAGGAGAAGGCACCCUCCCCCAUGGAGGAGAAAGCGUCCUCGCCAGUGGAGGAUCAAAAGAUUCCAUCACCAGUUAAAGAAUAUAAGGCCGCAUCACCAAUCGAAGAAAUGAGGAUUUCCUCACCAACCGAUGAAGCAAAAGUACCAGCAGAAAUUGAAGAGAAAAUUUGUUCCUACCUAGCUGUAGACAAAAAGAUUACUUCUCCAGUAGAAGAUGCAAAGGUUCCUUCCGCAGCUGAAGAGAAAACGUUUGCUUCACCAACAGAAGAGGAGAAGUCACCGUCGCCAACUCAAGAAAAAAAGAUUUCGUCACCAGUUAAAGAAGCAAAGGCCCCAUCCGCUAUUGAAGAAACAAAGGUUCCGUCACCAACUGAAGGUAUAAAAGUCUCCUCAGAACCUGAAGAGGAAAAGACUCUUUCCCCAGUUCAAGAAGUUACGGCUCCAACAACAGCGGAAGAGGAAAAAAUUCCUUCACCGAUCAAGGAGGAUAAAACACCCUCGCCAAUUGAAAAGAAAAAGGUUUCAUCACCAGUUGAAGAAGAAAAAGCUUCAUCGCCAAUUGAAGAGGCAAAAGUUUCCACACCAGCUGAAGACGCAAAAGCUCCUUCAGGAACUGAAGAGAAAAAGAUUUCUUCAGAAAUGAAGGAAGAAAAGGCUCCCUUACCAUUUGAAAAGAUUCCUUCACCAGUGAAGACCGCUGAAGCUGAAUCUCCGGAAGAUGAAAAGGAUAAAUUAAAAAUGGAAAUUGAUUCGAAAGUUUCACAAGAAGAUUUCUUAUCUGCAGUAAGCAAAAAAAUUAAUGAUUAUGAAUCAUUGCUAAACGAAUUAGAAGAGGAGUGCGAUUUUCCUAGUGGAACUUCUUCUUCUGUUCUAUAUAACACAAUAUGUACCGAAUUAGGAUUGAAAAAAAUAACAAUAACAGUGGAAAAUAUUAUUAAAUAUAUUAUUGAACACCGGAUUGAAAUCCUAACAAUUAUUAAAACGAAAUAUUCUAAAAUAAAAUCAGUUGAAUUAACGGAAAAAAAGAUAACAGAUAAAAAAGAAAGCUCCAAAACUGAAGACAUAUUAACAGAAAAACUAUCUCUGAAAGAAGUACAUGAGAAACAUGUAACUACAAAACUUGAUGAAGAUAGGAAAAGUCCCUCCCCUCUAGAUGAAGAAAAACCACACUCACCCACAGAAGAGAAACAGAUAUCUUCAAUAGAAAGUAUUUCACUGGUCGAAGCCGCAGAGAAAAAGAAAAUUGAGGCAAUUCAGGAUGCCGUCGAAGAACAAAUGCCAGUGGAGAAGGAACCAGAAAAAAAAAUAACUGAUUUUGAUUCAAAAGCUUUACAAGAAGCUUUCCUAAUUGAAGCAGCUAAACAAAUCAAGGAUUACGAAUCGCUACUUAAAGAAUUGGAUGACAAUUGCGAUUUUCCAUGUGGUAAUUCUGCCACUGUUUUGUACGAUACAGUUUGUUUCGAAUUAAGUGUGAAAAAAAUUACCAUUACAGUUGAAAGCAUCAUUAAAUAUAUCAUUGAAUACAGGAUUGAAAUCAUUACAAUCAUCAAAAGGAAGUAUUCUAAAAUAAAAUAUGAUGAUUCAAAACCAAAAGAGGCAGAAAAAUCUACGGUCGUUGAACAGAUAUCAGAAGACAGACAUUCUAUACAUGAAAGUAUUCUUCCUUCCUCUGAUUAUAUUAUGGAUAGGAAUAUAUUCGAUCAAACAUAUGACGAAGAUAUAAUUUCACCCAUAGCUGAAAGUGUAAUGGGAGAAGAAAUAUACGUUCACGAAGAUGAAAUUGAAAUGGAUCAAGAUGAUAUAAUUAAGCCGGAAUCGGCGAGAGACACGAGUCCUAGUGAUGCACAUAAGGAUAAAACAGAAUUCCCUAAGCCUAAGACAUUGUACGAAAAACCAGAAUCUGAACAGGUUUUCAGACACAUUUUUGCCGAAACCAUAGUCGAUGACGAAAGUGAAAUUUUGCAAGAUAAAAUAUCUGCUGAAAGCGAAAUCUCAGGUGAAAUUUCGAUGAAGGAUGAUGAUGAUGAUAAAAUGGAUGAGCCUGAAUCACCAAGAAAGAAACUUAUGUACGUUGAAAUAGAAAUUGAAGAAUCUGUUACCUCAACUACAGAUGCUUCUCCUGAUACUGAUGCACCUGAAAUCCCUUAUGAUGGGAAAUAUAAAGAACAAGUAGAGAAAGAUAUAAUUGUAAAAGAAGAAACUAGUGAAAGUGUCCAGAAAAUUGCAGAAGAUGGAAAAUCAACAGAAUUAAUGAAGUCAACAGAUGAAAAAGUUUCUCCAAAAUUGGAAUCAAAAUCUGAGCCGACCGUUUCUCCUCCAGCUGAAGUAGCGAGUAAUAAGUUAGAUUCUAGAGAAUCAAAAAUUGUUAAAGAGUCCACUGAUGUAUCCAAGCCUGAAUUAAUGAAAAGCGUACAAGAAACAACUACAGCAAUGGGUACUGAAUCUGAAAUUCAAGAAGAUCAGCAGAAAAUUAUCCAUAUUGAUAGCACAGAAGAUGGAGUAAAAGAAAUUGAAAUUGGUCAAGAAGACACUGACAAAUCUAUACAUUUUAAAACUGAAAAGCAUAUUGAUAUGAGUACAAAAGAUAGAAUCAGUCCAGAAUUAGUACCUACUGAGAUCAAAACGGAAGAAACAUCUUUUGUAUUGAAAACAUCUGACAUGCCAUCUAGUUCCGAAGUGUCAAAAAUAUUAACAACAACAAGCAUCACUGAAGGCGAUUCAACAGUCAGUGAAACAAAGUCAAAAAUUAUCAGUAGCAAAGUUGUAUCUUCCGACAUUAGUGAAGAAACUUCUGCAAUUACUGUAAAAACAGAAAAGGAGGAAGAUGCAUUUGAAACAAUAACCACGAUAACAACAACUAAAAUAAUAAAAUCUGACGACUUGGAUCAUUUAAAAGAAACUGUAACAAAAGAGAUGGAAAAAGUUCCAGACGAUUCCUUAUCUUUUGAAACUCCUCGAGACUCAGAGAUUUUAGAAUCAUUACCUAAAGAAAGAGGUGAUAUCGAAGCCACUGUUGGUAAGACUGUAGCCACAGUGACUACUAUCAAAAUAAUGUCAUUAGAUGAUACUGAUAGUACUUAUAAGGUAUCCACUGAAGAUGAAGCGAAAGCUAUAGCAGAUGAAUUAAAAAGAACAGAGCCAGUUGAAGAGCAAAAAUUAAUUACAACAAAGACUGAAAUAGAAGAUGACUCCCCCAAAACGUCAGAAAUUCAAGAAGUAUCUAAGGAAGACGUGUCCCAAGACAUUGCGCCUCCAACAAAAGAAGUUCACAUUUCUGAGAAAUCGACAAUUUCGUUAUCUGACAAAUUAACUGGCAAAGAUGUAAAGACCGAUUCUAUUUCUUUAGAAGAGGAAGUUGUGGCAACAGAAAUUGUUGCAUCACCAAAAGAAAAAGAUGCAGAAGAGAAAGGGAAAGACAUAAAAAAAGUUGCAGAUGCUGGUGUAAGCCAAACUAAAGAAAAGAGUGCAGAAAGUAUUGAGGAUACCAUAGACUCUACUGCAACAGAGAUUUUAUCUUCUGAUGAACAAAGUUUGUUCAAAAAAGUAAUUACAACAGAAAAGAUAGUUACUGAUGAUGAUAGUGAUUUCUCGAAAAUUAAAGUAGAAUCUAGAAUAAUAACAACUAAAACAGUGGCUUCAUCUUUAGAUGAAGAAGGUCACGCAACCAUUAUCACUUCAGAAAAAGAUAUUCCAGAAGAAUUUCAAAAGUUAAUUACUGAUGAAAAAUUCGAGACCAAAGAAACAGAAUCUGACUCUCGAAGCUUGGACAGUCUAUCAAGAGACAUAACCAUGGUUGAAGAAACUGUGUCUGAAACAAAAACAACACAUUUAGCAAAACCAACAGUUGAUGAAACGAAAGAAGAAACUUCCAUCACUCUAAAAGGUGAGACCGAAACGUUGUCAUCUGAAACUGAAUCUUCUCACAAAAAAGAAAAAACAGAUGAAUUUGAAAUACCCACAAUCACAAAGGCCAUCACGACCGUCACGCGAACGCUAGUGAUGCCUUCGGAUGACCUCGAUAUGAAAUCUGAAGAUGAGAAAUCAUUUGCGGUGGAAUCAAGUACAAUCCGUGAUGAACAACAGAUAAUCCAAGAGGAAAUCCAAACUAGUUCAUCGGAAAUUGUGACUGAAACAAUUACAAAAGAAAUUCUAAAAUCUCCAAUCGAAAAAAAAGAUUCUGGAAUUAAAACAUCAAUAACGAAAAAAGAAUCUGAAUCACCCUCAUCAGAUGCCCAAGAAACUCAUCUUACUGAAGAAAUGGAAGUUAUUGAUGGAGAGCCAGUAAUCAGAACGACGGUCACCACUAUAACACGCAAAAUAGUUAUCCCCGCAGACGAAAUUGACGAGAAAUCGUUUGCGGUCGCAUCAAGCGCAACAACUACUAGUGAACAAGAAAUAUGUCAUGAAACCAAAACUUCAUCGGAAGAAGUAACUGAAACUACUACAACUGAAAUUCUAAAAUCACCAAUCGAAAAAACAGAUUCUAGAAUUAAAACUUCUAUAACGAAAACAGAAUCUGAAUCACCAUCAUCAGACGCUCAUGAAACUCAUCUUAAAGAAGAAAUGGAAGUUAUUGAUGGGGACCCAGUAAUUAAAAAGACAGUCACCACUAUAACACGAAAAAUAGUAGUACCCGCAGAAGAUUUCGAUGAGGAAUCGUUUGCGGUCGCAUCAAGCAUAACAACAUCUAGUGGGCAACAAAUAUCUCAUGAAACCAAAACUUCAUCGGAAGAAGUAACUGAAACUACUACAACAGAAAUUCUAAAAUCCCCAACUGAAAAAACAGAUUCUGAAAUUAAAACCUCAACAAUGAAAACUGAAUCUGAAUCAUCAUCAGCGGACACUCAUGAAACUCGUCUUACAGAAGAAAUGGAAGUCAUUGAUGGAGAUCCAGUAAUCAGAAAGACAAUCACUACUAUAACAAGAAAAAUAGUAGUCCCCGCAGAAGAUUUCGAUGAGGAAUCAUUUGCGGUCGCAACAACAUCUAGUGAACAACAAAUGUCUCAAAAAACCAAAACUUCUCCAGAAGAAGCGGCGGAAACUACUACAACAGAAAUUCUAAAAUCUCCAACUGAAAAAAUAGAUUCUGGUAUUAAAACCUCCACAAUGAAAACUGGAUCUGAAUCACCAUCAUCAGACGCUCAUGAAACUCGUCUUACAGAGGAAAUGGAAGUCAUUGAUGGAGAGCCUGUAAUCAGAAAGACAAUCACUACUAUAACAAGGAAAAUAGUAGUCCCUGCAGAAGAUUUCGAUGAGGAAUCAUUUGCGGUCGCAUCAAGCACAGCAACAUCUAGUGAACAACAAAUAUCUCAAAAAACCAAAACUUCUCCAGAAGAGGCGACUGAAACUACUACAACAGAAAUUCUAAAAUCUUCAACUGAAAGAAUAGAUUCUGAUAUUAAAACCUCCACAAUGAAAACUGAAUCUGAAUCACCAUCAUCAGACGCUCAUGAAACUCGUCUUACAGAAGAAAUGGAAGUCAUUGAUGGAGAUCCAGUAAUCAGAAAGACAAUCACUACUAUAACAAGAAAAAUAGUAGUCCCCGCAGAAGAUUUCGAUGAGGAAUCAUUUGCGGUCGCAACAACAUCUAGUGAGCAACAAAUAUCUCAAAAAACCAAAACUUCUCCAGAAGAAGCGACUGAAACUACUACAACAGAAAUUCUAAAAUCUCCAACUGAAAGAAUAGAUUCUGGUAUUAAAACCUCCACAAUGAAAACUGAAUCUGAAUCACCAUCAUCAGACGCUCAUGAAACUCGUCUUUCAGAAGAAAUGGAAGUCAUUGAUGGAGAGCCAGUAAUCAGAAAGACAAUCACUACUAUAACAAGGAAAAUAGUAGUCCCGACAGAAGAAAUUGAUGAGAAGUCAUUUAUAAUCACAUCUAGUGCAACCUCUGACGAACAACAAAAAUUUGAAGAAGUGAAAACAAGUGCGUCCGAAACACUCGCUGAAACUACUGUAACAGAUGUUCUAAAAUCUCCAAUAGAAAAGGCAGAUUAUCAUACUACAGUCACAACCAAAACUGCAUCCAUUCCUGAUUACAGUGAUAUACAUUUAACUAAAGAGAUGGAAGAAACAGAUGGAGAACCAAUCGUCACGAAAACUGUCACUACGAUAACGCGCAAGAUAAUAAUACCAGCAGAUGGUAGUGACGAUAUACCACUUACUACUACUUACGAACAAGAAGAUAAAUCCGAAAAAGAAACUAAAAUAGGUUCCGAAAUUGUAGCAGAGACUACAUCUACAGAAAUUCCGAAACAAAAAUCUGAAAAAAUGGAUGAACAAUUCAUCACUACUUCAGAAACCGUGCCAGAAGCUGAUGUUAUUCAUCAAAUAGACGAGACGGAGAGAACAGAUGAAACACCGAUAAUCACCAAGACUGUCACCACUAUAACGCGAAAAAUAGUGAUGCCCUCAGAGGAUGUUGAUGACAAGUCACUUUCAUCAAUAACAAGUACUGCAUCUGAAGAACAAGAUAUGUCUUCAGAAACUGUAACCAUACAAAAAGUAAAAUCACUUUCUAAAGGAACAACUGAUGAAACGGUUACAGAAUCAGCGUUGGGUGUUAGUGAUAUCUAUUCAACUGAUGAAACAGAAACAAUCGACGGGCAGCCAGUAAUCACAAAAACUGUAACUGUGACUCGAAAAAUAAUAAUGCCUGCAGAGGAAAAUGAUGAACAGUCUUUCACGACAAUAACAAGCAGUACUACAACUGAAGAACGAGAUGACAUAAAAGUAGAUACGAAAACAAGCUCUUCGUCAUCAGCGACUACAAUUCACGAUGAAAAAAGUGAACAAAUUGGGGAAUUUCCAGUAACUGUUAAAACUACAAUUAAAACAACAGUUCAUGAGGACAGUGAUUCAACGGAAUCUGUUGUUUCAGAGAAAUCUACGAUAUCUAAACGUGUAGAAGAUAAAGAACAUAUGGAAACAAAAUCUGAUUCAAUGACGGUAAUGAAAAUUGAUUCUAGCACAGAAAGAACUGAACAUCAUUCCGAAAAUAUUGAAGAACGUCAAAUUUCAAGCACAGAAACUAAAACAACUGAUAAAAAAUCAGAUAUGCAGACACAAGAUUCAAUUUCAAAGAGUUGUGCCACUACAAAGUCAUCAUUACAGGAACACGAAAUAUCAUCUGAUUCUACAUCUCAAUCAUUUAAGACAACAUCACAAGAAAUAAUAAAAAAAGAAUUAUCUGAUACACAUAGUACAGAAGGCACUAGUGAAGACUUUGAGCAUAAAAUAAUCACUAAAACAUGUCUUUCUGAAGCUACAGAAAUUGAAGAUUCACAUACUGAAAUAACUAGUAAAGAUUCAACAAUAAGCAUUGUUAAAACUUCCAAAAUUAUAACAGAGCCAGAUGAAGAAACAGAUGAUACAAGAGCACCAAGGACAAGAUUAAGCUCUGAGGACGACCCAACAGACGAAUUGUCUUCUCCUGGGAAAACAAAAUCAAAGAGAAAAGAACAUAGAACAGUCAAGAAAAAAAUUAUCGUUUAUCAGACCGAAACCGGUGAUUCUGCUGAAGAUAUAUUGACUGAAGAUAAGAUUCGAGAAGCAAUAAUUGAAGCUGGAGGCAAACAAUCCAGUAAAUCUCAUAUUAUAUCAUUCGGAACCGUUGAUGAUUUGGAAAGUUUUUCGGGCCAAGAAAAUAUACUGGAACUAAGAAGUAAAUCAACAACCCCUGUGCCAGAAGAUGAAAAUACAACUUCAAAAGUCGAAACUGUAAGUGAAAAACUCGAAUCAAUUGAAAUUGAUCCUUUUUCUCUCAUAACGAAACCCAUUGAAGAAACUUUCAGAAAAAAGAUAUCUGAACAACAUUCGUCCACUACAUCUGAAACCAGACAGGAAACAAUGAAAGAAACGAGCCACGAAACAAUCGAGGAAAUUUCAUUCGAUAAAAAAGUGGCAACGGAUGCUAAAAAAUUAGCCAUGGAGAUAUCGCGCCAAACAAGAGAGCGAACUGAAAGUACCCAAUCCGAAACUCACGAACGAACAUCAAGUGCAUCAACGACGGAAACAUCAUUAGUAAGUGAAUCUAGAACUACGUCAUCAACAUCCCAUCCUAGUCAAUCUGAACGGGAUGAAGAUGAAGGCAAAAAGACUUUCAGUUUGGACGAGUGGGGAAAACCCAUGGGAUUACCAUCCCCACCAGAACCUCUAGAUUUUGAAACCGACUUAUCAACCCUUUCGAAACAGAAAACAACUCAUACAACGAAACAAGAAGGCAGCUACACUGAAAACAAAGCAGAUGUUUCAACUGAGCAGCAAAAUAAUACGACAGACUUAAAAUCUGGAACUGAAAAAUCCAACAAAGAAACAGAUUCUGUAUCAGAACAAGAGUAUAACCAUCAAGGUCAUAAGACAGGCGAAGGCAGCACCGAACCUGUUUACAUAGACUUAACUUAUGUACCUCAUUUUGGAGACCCUCAUUACUGUAAUGUUGAAUUUUUCCGUCGCAUAAGAUCCCGGUAUUAUGUAUUCAGUGGGACGAAACCAAGCAAGGAAGUAUUCAAUGCUCUUCUAGAGGCUAAACAAGACUGGAAGGAUAAAGAUGCUAAAGUGACUAUCAUUCCCACAUAUGAAACAGACACCCUGGGGUACUGGAUGGCGGUGAACCAGGAAGCACUGAUAGCCAAUAACAUCGAUGUGGCACCAUCGGCGAGCAGGUGCACAAUCAAUUUACAGGACCAUGAAACAAGCUGUUCGGCUUAUCGUUUAGAGCUGUAAAGAGAACAUAAAUAUAAUUUUGUACUUCAAAACUCAUUCUUCGUCUGAGCAGUUGCUCGGACGAUAUAACUGCCAGCGUUUAGGCUCAUUUUUCAAAUUGAUACGAAAGCAAGAAGGAGAGUGUGGAGGAUUCAUUCUUAACUGUUACCAUUUCAAAUCCGAAACCUUUACCUUAGAGGCUUUAUAUUUAGCGCUUAUAUGAACACUAACAAAGGGAAGCCUUGAAAGGCAAAGGAAAUAAGUGAGAUGAUUGUCGGAAAAAUGUCCUUUAGUGCCUAAAGAUAACGUGAUAUCAGUGAACGAUGUGAGAUAGGGGAAAACAAAUGUUUAAGACAUUAGAUUGAAUAUAUUUUAAAGUGUUCUGCAUUCGUUACGGAACUGUGAAAAAAUAAGGCUCAUGAAAGAGCUCAAAUAACAACUUAAGACCAUUACGUAAUAUUUCCAACACGAACCUAAACAGCAAAAUAAUCAUCAUUUUUACAGAUAACUCUUUGAAAUUUUAAUUUAAUGAAUUAAAAUUCACCUAUUAUACUUUAAAAAAAAGAGUUUACCGACUUAUUUUGCUUAUGAAAAUGCGCAAAGCAUGAAGUGUUACGAAAAAAGAAAUACUUAUGUGGUGGUUUUAAGUUGAAAUCUAAAUAAUUAUUUAAUAUUUGAUGCUAUCUGGCUGUGAAAAAGUGUGGUUUAGAACUUAAAAAUUGUCAAACCAAGAAGUUUUUGAUAGACAUUAAUUGAAUUGUCAUAGAAAUUUAUAUUUUUGACAUUGUAAUAAUUUUAUUCUUAAUGUAGAAAUUUAUCAAUAUUGUCUAUAUUGCACAUUCUGCAUUGCUUCUUUCCCUUCUUUGGCUCAUUUGAUGAAUUCAAGGUGAACGGAAAAAAGCAUGUUACUUUUAUUUAAUAUCAUCCAGGUUAAAUUAUAUAAUUUAUUUUAAUGUCAUAGCAAUUUAUUAUCAAAAAUUAAACACGGUCGUUUUUAAAUAUUAACAAAUAUGAUUUGCGAUUAUAUGUUAGUUGCAAAUGUAGGAAACAAUUUUCUUCAAAAUGUUACAGGCAGCUAUGAUAACAUUUUUACAAUUUUAAUUUUUGACUUAUUUGUUUUAAUUUCUAUAACAGCUAUAUGAAAAAAAAAAAAUGUAAUAUGAUAUUUUAGAAAGACUGAGGCAAUUUUCGGACAGGUUAUCGAGAAUUUUCAGUUUUUUUAUUUAUUUCAUACACAUAUUUUCUAAAUCAACUGAAAAAAUAACAUAAAUCUGUUUCCUACUAAAGAAAAUCCUUCUGUAAUUUAUUUAAAAAUCUAUUUCAUAUUUUUUGACUCAGGGUUUUGUUGGACAGGCAAAAUGAAACUGAAGUUGAUUUUUUUUAUAGGUAAAUUCACUUCAAAUUCGUGAGUACUUUUGGAAGGGUAAAUGUUAAAGGUUCCUAAUAAGAAUAAAUUAUGGCGUUUGAAACGAUUGUCAUCUUAAACGAUGAACAAUAAUCUAACAUUUAACAAAACAAUGUGAUUACCAUAUAAUAUAAGUGCACUUAAUGGUAUAGAAUAGUUUCAAUUUAAAUAAUCCAACAUGCAUUCUGCGGGUAAAAUUUUUCAACUUAAAAUGUAUAAAAAGUAGAAUUUAUGUUUUAAGAAAUAUUUCACUUUUAUAUAAAAUAUAAUCCUGGCAAAAGCAUCCUUCUUUUGUUUUUCUAAAUUAAAUUAUACUGUUAAUUUUUUAAAAGAACUUAGAAAAAAAACUUCACUGUAUGCGUGAUAGAUUCUACUUAAUUUCUUGUAAGCUUAUAACUACCACAGAAACUUUUAAGAUUAUUUACAAGCAAUUUAUAUUGAAAUUAAUUCUGCAAAUUACUCAUGUGUUUCGGGCUUCCUUUUAUAAAGAUGUGCAAAUUAAACGAACACACCCAUAUUCUUUAAGAAUGUAUUUAUUUAGAUCUUAAAGAGCUGUACUUGCAGGCUGAGUUUCAUGUCUUAGCUUUUUCGUAGUCUUCCACUAACUUACAUCAAUGGGUUUCCUAAACAAAUAUAGGAUAAUAUUUCCAGAAUUAAUUAACACCAGAAAUAUUAAUUUGCUUUCAAAACUUUUACAUGAGUAUUUAAAAAUAAAACACAAGAUAUUCAUUUCUGUGUCAAAUCCUGUUAAAGGUCUCAAGAUUAUUUAAGUUCCGUUUUAUUUCUAAAUUACUUCUAGCGAACUUUUAAAGAAUCUUUCUGGUGAAUUUAAAAGCGCAUUUUAAUUUUUUAAAUUAAAUUAACAAUGUAAUGAGCUUUAAAUAUUGCAUAAAAAAAUAUCAAACUCUUCAGAAAGACUCGAUUGAGAUAAAUGGUUGUUUGAAAGACUAAACUCUAGUUAAUAUUUCAGCACAAAACUGAAGGGAUAUUGUAUAAUUCAGAAGAAUAAAUUAAUUUGAUACUGAUAUUAAUCAUAGAUCAAUAUCAAAUGCAGUUGUUAAAGUUAUUUAUAAUUGUGUUCCUCAAAUUUUCCAGAGGGAAAGAACAUUCAGUAUUUCGCAAAAAGAGAUGUGGUAAACAAAUUUUUUUAUAAUUUAAUGAUCAAUGCUAAGAAUGUGCUUGAAGUUAAGUGGAAUAGGAAAUCACUGAAAUUAUAACAUUGAAAACAAAAAUUCAGUGUUAUUUAAAAAGAAAAUGUCUACAGCCAAAAUGUUGCAGAAAAUUUAACGAAUUGAGUAGAGUUUGAAAAAUAUACUUUUGUACUUAGAUAUAAAGUGAUUCUUUUUUAUCAGAAUAAAUGUUCUCAACAGAGAACAAUACAUCUGAUAAAAUGCAUAGAUAUAUUAAUAUAUAUAUAUAUAUAUAUAUACAUACACAUAUAAAUAAACGAGAGCGGUGCUUUCUAUCUGUUAUUUUUUGAGGUAGUCACUUACAGACAAUCACACUUUAAAAGGUGUAGAACUAACUAAAAAAAAUUGAUUACGUAAAUGAUAAUUCUAUAUCUUGCGCUUAUUCCCACUGGUUCUACAGUGAAGUGAUCCAGUGCUAUGGCUCAGAAAGCAAGUAUAGAAAAACCGAAUUGCUCUGCAGGGGUCUGUACACCUACGAUUGGCUACGAGAAAGAAAAUACAUUAUUAAUAUAUAACCUAUAUGAAAAAAAAAAAAAAAUGUACAGAUUUGCGUACUCAAGUGAUAGACGGACAAAGAAGAAGCAAAGCAGCGAGGCUGCUGUAGUUAAUUAUUUGGAAAGUCUCAAUUAGUGCAUGCCUAGCAGCAUCGAACUGACGAUUUACCACCAGUGUUUAGAUGUUUCAAAGAACACGGAGGUCAAUAUUUUUUAGUAAAAUAUAUCUCACUGAGUAACCAAAAGGGUUAUUCCAUUUAGUAUUUAUUUCACGAAACAUUCUUUCCCUUUCAAAACGUAGGCCGACUGCAGAGCAAGGCAUAGCAAACAUCCUCUCUCACCUACUACUUCGAACGUUUCCAAUUCUUCUGCAGAAAAAAAAAAAAAAAAAAAGGAUAACAUAAUUAUUUAUUAAAAAAAAGUGAAAUCUUUAAGAAGGAAGGGGAAUUAUUUUCCUCUCAGAUGUCUUUUACUUUGAUCUAAUUUAAACAAAUGCUACCUGCUUACUGCUUGUGAUAUCAGAGGUUAUUGUUUUUCUUCUCUUCUGACUAAUGCCAGCUUAAUUUUUAAUUGAAGAAGUUAAUUUAGUGCCAAAUAGUCGAAAACUUCUUUCAUGUCCAUUUUAUUCUAUUGUGCUAAUUAUUUUAAGGCUUGAAAUUAUGUGAUAAAACUUGUUUUAUGGCCAUUGUUACUUGUAUAUUAUUGAAGACUGUUAAUAAAGCUUGCUUGUUGCUUCGAUAACA